UGUCAGCCGGCUCAGAGGAACUGGACGCAGAGCACACAUACACAACACACCCACCCACACACAGACAGACCACAGCAUGGCGUACACAGCGAAGAUCGGGCCGUCCAUCCUCAGCAGCGACCUGGCCCGCCUGGGCAGCGAGUGCGUCCGGAUGCUGGAGUGCGGGGCGGACUACCUGCACUUGGACGUGAUGGACGGACACUUCGUCCCCAACUUAACCUUUGGACAUCCGAUGGUCGAGUGCUUGCGGAAGUCUUUAGGGCCGGAUCCCUUCUUUGACAUGCACAUGAUGGUGUCCCGGCCGGAGCAGUGGGUGAAGCCCAUGUCUGCAGCCGGAGCCAAUCAGUACACGUUUCACCUGGAGUCCACGACCAACCCUGGGAACCUCAUCAAGGAGAUCAGAGAGGCCGGGAUGAAGGUGGGCCUGGCCAUCAAGCCUGGGACCACCGUAGAGGAGCUGGCUCCCUGGGCCAACCAGAUCGACAUGGCCCUGGUCAUGACCGUGGAGCCUGGCUUCGGCGGACAGAAGUUCAUGGUGGACAUGAUGCCCAAGGUCAGCUGGCUGCGGAGCCAGUUCCCCUCGCUGGACAUCGAGGUGGACGGAGGUGUGGGCCCCGACACCAUCCACCGCUGUGCCGAGGCCGGAGCCAACAUGAUCGUGUCAGGCAGCGCGGUGAUCGGGAGCGCCGACCCUCGUUCCGUCAUCGCCCUGCUGCGCACGGCUGUUUCGGAGGCCAUCCAGAAGCGCUCGCUGGACCGCUGAGGGCGUCCGUCCGUCCGCUGCGAGGGCACAGACCGCUCUUUGUAUAUUUGUCCUCGAUUGGGCGCGGGGACAGUGACGUGACAGUGUGGCGUUGACACGAGAUGGCGGGCUACGGCGGUAAGAGGAAGUUCUCCUCUCCGUCCUCCAACGAAGCGGCCCAACUUUGUGUUUGGUUCCUCCGACCUAGCUGCCAGGAAACUCGCCCAGUCUCUCUCUCUCCGCCUGACGACCGUCACGGGAAAUAAAACUGAACAGUGGAAGAUCGAGUGGCUUGUAUGCAGUGGACUGUAAACAUUCCUUACUAUUUUUGAUUCAUGAUUUGUGUGGAUACUUUUAAUGGAUGUGUCAUUUUUUUGAGAAUAACAUAAUACAGAAUACCGAAUCAUG